UAUGGACCAAAAUCAAAAUCUAACGCAUAUCAAGUUGCGAUGAAACUCCAUAUUCUAUUUCAUAUCAUUAUUUGAUUUCACUUAGUAACAACGAGUUUAAAACCAUAUUUCUCAACAGUACAAAGUAUAAACGCAAUUUGGUGAAACUCUCAGAAAAAUUAACGCCCAAGCUCUGCUGCCAAAUUGAGCCCAGUUCAUUAACGCUACAAUUUUGCUAACCAUGAGUCAAAUGUGAAACUGCAACGGAGCGCAAUGAAAGUUGGUAAUUGUGUGUAAAUUUGGCCUCAAACGGGUUGGGCCAAAUGCGUAACUUGUCUCCUGCGUAAAUUUUUAGUCAUACGUUGUAAAAUUAUUCGAUGGUACCUAGUAACGAAGUGACAGUUUAAAUAUCAGAAGCUUCAAUAGGAUUAUCAUCAGUUUUUGCUUACAAGCUGACUUGACCAGUCGUGAAUACAGUGCUUCAAACCAAAGAAUACUUUGCUCUUGGAAGAAUGCUGAAGAAAAUCAUCAUCUUUGCAACUGUUGUUGCCGCAACAGUAGCUUUUCCUACGAAGCAACCUACUGCUCAAAUAGCGCAAAAGCGUAGUUCAACCGAUGAUUUGGACAAUGCAGCAACUUCGUACACCUUGGCUGGAUCACCUGGGAGUCGAUAUGGGCGAUAUCUUUCGUAUGAUGGAUACAACGGUUACACCGGCUACGGAGGACAACCUGGUGGAUAUCCUGUUGUAGCGAACAGUGGAUACACUGGAUACAACGGAUACAACGGGUACAACAGAGGAUAUUCUAAUGGUUAUAAUGGAGGCCUAGCAAGCGGAUAUACUACCAUUCCCGGAGGAUAUUUCGAUGGAGUAGGUAGUGGAUACGCAGAUGUUGUACCUGCCGGAUACUCUGGUGGAUAUGCUUCUACAGGUUAUACAGGAGGCUAUAAUGGAGCCAACACUGGAUAUAAUGCUGGAUAUGGUAGCGGAUACACUCAGAACUACAGGUAUCCCUAUGCAGCACCAAGCAACGGCUAUAGUGGAUACAGUGGAUACUCUCCAUACUACUACAGCUCAUAGACUCCGUAGACAAACAGUUUGCUCCAUCGUGCAACAUGUAUCAAUUUAUUGUUCACAGUAUUAUUCACUACAAGAUUAAUAAAUGCUCCCCAUAUUCACUCGCAACGUAAUAAAA